GCUGGCGGCCCCGGAAGCGGUGGGGAAACGGCGGAAGGCGGCAGCGCGGAGCGGAGCGGCGGCGCCCGGCCGGCACCGCCCACAUGUCGAGCUUCGACACCAACCCGUUCGCCGAUCCGGUGGACGUGAACCCCUUCCAGGAUCCCUCAGUGACACAGCUCACGAACGCUAGCCAGAGCGGCUUGGAUGAAUUCAACCCCUUUUCUGAGAGCUCCCAGCUGACACAUGCGGCGCGGACGGCGCCGGCCACGCAGCCCUCUGGGCCCUCACAGCCUGCUGUUCUGCAGACAUCUGUGGAGCCCACCCCACAGGCUGUGGCUGCAGCAGCACAGGCCGGGCUGCUUCAGCAGCAGGCAGAACUAGAGAGGAAAGCAGCUGAGCUGGAGAAGAAGGAAAGGGAAUUGCAGAACAAUGCAGCCAGCAUUAAUCCGAGACAGAACAACUGGCCACCCCUCCCCAGGAAGUGUCCGAUCAAGCCGUGCUUCUAUCAGGACUUUUCUGCAGACAUCCCAGCUGACUACCAGCGGAUAUGCAAGAUGCUUUACUACUUGUGGAUGCUGCAUUCAGUUACUCUGCUCCUAAACCUGCUCGCUUGCUUGGCGUGGUUCAUGGUUCACGCAGAAAAAGGAGUAGACUUCGGUCUCUCAAUCCUGUGGUUUGUUUUAUUCACUCCUUGUGCCUUUCUCUGCUGGUACCGACCGAUCUACAAGGCUUUCAGGUCUGACAGCUCCUUCAGCUUCUUCGUCUUCUUUUUCGUCUUCUUCUGCCAAAUAGCAAUCUACAUCAUCCAGGCUGUCGGCAUCCCUGGCUGGGGAGACAGCGGCUGGAUUGCGGCGCUGUCGGAGCUGCAUAGGAACACGGCCGUGGCCAUCAUCAUGAUGGUGGUGGCAGGGUUCUUCACGCUCUGUGCAGUCCUCUCGCUCUUCCUCCUCAAGCAGGUGCAUUCCCUGUACCGGCGCACGGGAGCCAGCUUCCAAAGGGCUCAGGAGGAGUUUUCCCAAGGCAUCCUCACCAACAGGAGCUUCCAGAACGCGGCUGCCGGGGCGGCCUCCUCAGCUGCACGCAGUGCUUUCCGGGGCAAUUAGCCCUCCCCGAGGGCCACCUCUGCCUCUCUCCCCCUUCGGUUGUCAGCCCAACCUUCAUUUUCUAACGAUGCACUUUUCGUGGGUACCGCCUUAGCUCUGUGGUGCCGACCCCAAUGAGAAGAGAUCUGCAUUUUAGCUUCAGUUGGCCUCGGUUUGUGACAGUUAAGUUUCCCUGCUUCGCUCCGGGACGUGGGGAGAGGGGGAGAUGUUCUCUGAAGCAAAUCUCUUAUCUCUGUCCGGGCCGUGCAGAGCUUUCGUCUCCUCCUCCUCUCCCCCCGUCAGCAGCAGGGAGGUGAGAAGCAGGGAUUUGGAUUUUACUUUCUCUUUUCUAUCAGCCCGUGCUAUGAACAACUUGAUCUCA